AUGGUUGCAAAAGAAGAUAUAGCAAAGUUUUUAUUAGGAAAAGGAUAUUAUUUAACAGCAUUAGAGUUUUAUCAAGAAUUAUUAGAAGAUGAUGGAACUGAAUUAGAAUCAUUAAAGCAAUACUUAUUUGGUAAUAAAAAUGACAAUAAUAAAAAUGACAAUAAUAAUGGUAAUGGUAGUGACUUUGAUCCAAUCAAAUCAAUUAAAGAAAAAAAUAAAAAAGAAAAUAAUAAUAAUAAUAACAAUAAUGAAAAUGAAUCAAUGAAAUUAAAAGAUGAUAAAAUAUCAUUAUUAGAAUAUGAAUUAAGACAAUGUAAAGAUGAUUUAUAUAGAGUUAAAGCACAAUACAAUUUAGUUACUACUAAUGGUAAAUCUUCAUCAUCAUCAUCUUCAUCUACACAACCAUCUUCUACAACUACUUCAUCAUCAUCAUCAUCAAUGAAUGGUGUAGCAUUAUCAAUAUCAGAAGAUGAUAAAGAUACAUUAAAGGAAUUAUCAAAAGAGAGAAUUAAACAACAUGAACUUAGAAUAUUGAAUUAUUUAGUAAAGAGUUAUUUAAAAAAGAAUAAUUAUACAUUAACAGCAGUUUCAAUGUCUGAAGAGAUUGAAGAGAAUUGUCAACAUUGGUCAGAUGUUAUCGGUAGUAAAGGUACACCUGAACCACCUUCAAUUCUAACUAUGUAUCGUUACUUUUUUGAAAAUGGUGAUGCUGGUAUUCAAGGUGCAUUAUCACGUUCAAUGACUGAAAUUACAAAACUUAAAAAAGAUCUCUAUGAAACUGAAUCACAAUGGAGAGAAUCAAAAAAAAAGUUACAACAAUUUCAAAAAGAAAAAGAUGAUUUAAUUUUAAAAAAUAAAGAAUUUGAAAAUAAAAUUGAAGAAUUUAGUAGAAGAGGAUUAUUAUCACCAUUAAGAUCAUCACAAACAUUACAACAACAACAACAAACAGAUUUAAUAUCAACAAGUAAUAAUAUAGCAUCACCACCAACUCAUCAAAAUGGUAAAAAACUAUCACCAAUAAUUACAAGUAGUAAUUCAACUAUAAAUGGUAAUGUUGUAAAUAAUGGUAUUGAUAUUACAAAUUUAUCAGUGAUGAGAAAAACAUUUAGAAAUUUAAUUGAAAAGAGAAGACAAACUGUAGCAUUUAGAAUCGUAUCGAAUAUGGAUGAUGAGAGUGAGAUUUCUGUUAGAAUAGCAGAGGAAGUUGAUAAGAUUAGAACAUUGGAUUCAGAUAAUCAAAGUAUAGUAAAGAUUGUAGCAGAUUCGUUACCAAAUAUAGUACCAGGUGUGUUGAUCAAUAAGAGAGAGGAGUUGAUACCAUUGAUAUUGGUGGUGAUCUCCAAUCACCCCGAUGAAACUGUACGUUUCUCAUUGACAAAGUUAUUAUUUAAUUUAAUAAAGAAACCAAACGAAGUGCAACGUCAUGUUAUAAUGAGGGGUUGCAUGGCGUUGGCUUCGUUCAUCGGUCCACAGCGUACAGAGACUGAAAUACUCUCACAAUGUUGGGAACAGCUCUCUGAAAAAUACCCAGAACGUAGAGUACUUGUGGCAGAUUCUUGCGGUUGUCUAUCACAAUUUGCAAGUGCAGAUUUACGAUUGAGUUUGAUUCUAUCUAUACUUCAACAAUUGGGUGAAGAUAAGAGUAGUCUAGUUCGAGAAAGUGUUGCAAAGAAUUUCGCAUUAUUGGUAAACUUUUUCGAUUCACCUGAUAAAUACAACCAAAUUGAAGAAUCUUUUAAAAAGUUAUUAUACGAUACAGAUGUUGAAGUUUCAAUUGCAACUAGAUUCCACUUUUUACCAUCAUUAGCGAAUUGGGCAGAUCUAUUGGAAUCAUUAAAUUCAAAAUUAACAAAUUUCUUAUUAACUGAAAUGUUAUCAAUUCUAAUUAAAUAUUCAGCACAAAAAGAUGAAUUUAAAAUUCCAGAACAAGAUACAUUCAAAUUAGAUCAAUUACUUCAAUGUUUUAUUGAUUUAAUACCAAGAAUUCAUCAAUCUGUCAUUUCUUCUUCAAUCUUUAUAAAUGAAAAAGAUGCAUUACAAAUUGAAAAUGAAUAUAAUAAACAAGAAGCAUUAUAUCAAUUUCAAAUUAAUAAUCAAAAUCAAAAUAAUAAUAAUAAUUCAACUACGACGACAACUACAACAACAACUUCUACAAAUACAAAUAAUUCAUCAUCAUCAUCAAAUUCAACAACAAAUAAUAAUAAUAAUAAUAAAGAUAAUAAAACAAUUGGUAGUAGUACAAUUAUAAAUUCAGCAAUUAGAAUUUCAAUUUUAGGUAAUAAUGAAAUUUCAAAACUACAAUCACAAUUUGAAAAUUAUUUAAUGACAACAGUUGGUAAUGAAGUUUCAUCAAGUGGUUGGCCAUCAUUAGAAUGGAUUUCAAAUGAUUUCAUUAAUAAAUUCAUUAGAAUUAUAUCAUGUAUACCAUUUUAUAAUAGUACAGUGAUAACAGGAUUUUCAAAAGCAUUGAAUUUAUUCUGUAAAACUUUUGGUACAGUUUUCACUAAACGUAUUAUAAAGAAUGCUUUCAAUAAAGAGUUUCAAAAAGAAUCAAAUAACAAUAGCAAUAGCAGUAGUAGCAGCAAUAAUAAUAAUACAACAUCAAUUAAAAAGAAUAGAUUAUUAUCAAUAUACACUACUGGUGCUUUACAAACUUUAGAAUCUUCAGAAUUUAUCACAUUCUUAAAGGAUUUAAUUGUCCAAAUUUCAAUGGAAGAAAGAGGUUGGUUACAUUCUGAUAUUCCAGCUCUUGUGAAAUGUAUUGAAUUACUUUGUGGUAAUGUUUUCGAUAAAAAGAAAGAUGUUUGUGAUUCUUUAUGUGAUUUAACUGCUAAUCCUUCAAAUCAAGUUAGAUCUUGUAUUUUAAAUUUAUUAAAUUUCAUUAUACCAGUAUUUAAACCAGAACAAAUUGGUCAAUCAGUUGUACCAUCAUUAAUUACAAUGAGUACUGAUCCUGAUCGUACCGUUAGAUUCGUUUGUUUAGGAACAUUAUCAAUUGCUGUAUCAUUUAUAAAUGAUGAUACUGUAAUUGAAAAAGUUGCUGGUGCAAUCGAUAGAAUUUUAGAAGAUAAAAAUCAUAUGGUUGAACUUGAAUUUGUAAAUUCAAUGUCGAGAAUUAUACCAACUGUAAAACCAAGAUUUAGAGAUUCAUUUAUUUUACCAAGAAUUAUUGAUCUAACUAGAAAAAAUAAUCAUAAUCCAUCAAAUCAACAAAGAAAAGAAAUGUCACAAUGUUUAUAUGAAUGUAUUAGAUCCUAUGUGUCAAUUACAACAGUACCAAGAGAAUUAAUUUCUGAACAAGUUUUACCAAUGUUAAAAUUAUUAUUAAAUGAUGCAUUAUUACAUGAUCCAACAUUUAAAUCAAUGGUACAAUCAUUGGUUAAUGAUUUAGAAUCUUCAAUUAAAGAAGAUUUUAGAAAUUCAAUUGGUGCAAAGAAAAAUACUUCAACCUCUUCAAAUAAAAUUGAUCCUCCAAAUAAAUGGGGUUUAAGUUGGAAACCAAAUAAAUAA